AUGACUUUCCUUGCAACGAGAUACAGGCGCUCACAUACACCCAAAUCAUCCUCUGAUAUGGCUGAAAAGUCAUCUUUUCUCUCAACUCGUCUCCCAUCAAUGAAUCUAUCGACACCAGCCGUUUAUCAGUCGCAAGACACACAGGAUGAAUGGCAGCCAAAAGAGCCCCCACAGCCCAAACCUAGCACGUCAUGGACGACACAAAUGAGUACACUUGCCAACAAGAUCAGAGAUAACGCUGCGUCUAUGAAUGCUAUAAUGGCAAAUACAUCCGAUACCAGCGUAGCUGAAAGUCUGGACCGCAAGAGUAUCUCUCAAGGCAUGAAAUUGGUGGCUAUUGCAGCGGAUGAGUUUGAUGAAGGCAAUGACACGGUAGCUUUGGAGAUCUAUUUAUCUGGCAUUGAUAAAAUUCUUAUGGCUUUACCCAACAAAGCAGAUGACAAAACGAAGCAAGCUUUACGACAAAAGCUAACGAGCGUUGAAGAAAGGGUUGGCAUCCUGCAAAUGGCCCAACAGCAAAAUUCUUCGCACAACGUUGGACCCGAUGAUGCUCAUGUUAAACCAACAGCAAGUGUGUUGCAGUCUCUGAAUAUGGCUCCGAUCAUGACCGCGGUGUCAACAUUCAAAUGGGCAGCGAGGACCACUACUCAAGAGCAGCAUAUGAAUAAUCAUCCUCCCAGCAACAUCCUUGAUCAUCAUGGAAUCUAUAGCAGCAACAACAACAGUGUACAUCAACGUGAAGGCGUUGAUAAAUUUAAACGAGCUGGGAACCUUUUCAUUGAAGCAACCGUAUCAUGUGCUGUCCUUAUCAAGCAAUCUCCCUUGCCAGACAUACUUUCAUUGCUAUUUGGCUAUUUUGUACACCUGCUGAUUUGGGUCGACCGACAUUAUCGAGUUACAGAAAAGGCACAAGACCUGGGAAUCGAAUGUAUCAAGUUUGCACUCUAUAUGGAUGAGCAAUAUCAAUUACAUGAAUUCGCAACUGAAGCUCUCUACAUGUUCGUUGCUGCUGGUAUCAGAGCGGCAGUAGCCUAUAAAGAAACACCCUCUCAUUCUGGACCAAAAGAAGAUCAUAGCAGGCCAACAAUUCGCAUUGAUGAAGGAAACAAUACCAACAGUUCUCGAGAUUACCCACGUUGGAAAAAGGCAGACCCAGCCUCCAGUCAAAAGUAG